AUGUACCAGUUCCAGCCGCAGCACGGCCAGCAUGGCCAAGGCGGCCACCCAAUGAGCCACCAGUCAAAGCCCUUUAUCGCCUCACCCAACCAGCGCACCCGCGCCAGCGCCGCCAUCCCCAUCGUCGCGCCCCCCGCCGGAUCCAGCUCCACCGACCCGACCUCGCCCACGCCCUCGUCGGCCACGGUCGACACCAGCGUCACCUCGCCCUCAUCCAACGCGCGGAAACCCUGCAGGAACGUCGCCAUCUACGGCCACUGCCGGUACGAGGGCGAGGGCUGCCCCUUUGACCAUGCCACGGGCGUCAGCGGCGGCGGCCAGAAUGGCAAGGCGCCCUCUGCGGGAGGGCCCUCAUCUUCGCCCAUUCCGGCCUCGAGCAAGGCCAAGCUGAUGGCCUCUGGCGCCAGCCUGCCCAACAGCCCGCUCAAGGGCGCCCUCAGCGCUCGCAACGCCGCCGCCGCCGUCUUUGUGCCAAAGUCGUCCGGAGGCAGCAGCACCGGCCCUGGACCCGCCGCCGCCGCCGCCGCCGCCGCCACCUCGCAAGCCGGCAGGAAGUCCGACGCAGAGGAGGUCAUCGCCGGUAUGUACGACGUCAGCAUCUCGGCGGCCGGUGCCAGUUCGGCGGCCCAGCGUCAGACGAGCGGCAUGAUGAGCGGGCGAGGAACGCCAAACUCGUUCAGCAUGGGCUACGAGGGCGACUCCAUGGGCAGCGCCUUUGACCCGACCUAUGCGGGCGCCGCCAUGCCCGGUCAGGAUCCCUCGAUGCAGGCCGGGACCCCGAGCCACCCACCCGCUCCGCGCGCCUUCAACCCGUACGAGCAUAUGACCGAGUUUGGCGACCCCACCGGCGGGCCGGGCGGUGCGGCCGGCGGGCUCGGCAUGGGCGGCGGGCUUGACUUCUACGCGGGCACCGGGCCGACCAAGCUGCGGCAACCGCUCCAGUACCACCUCUACGCCCCGCCGCUGCCGCACGUGUUUGGCUACCGGAGCCACUGCUACAAGGCCAUCUGCACGCUCGACGGCAAGCGGUACGUGCUGCGGCGCCUCGAGGGGUUCCGCCUGCAGCACGAGGCGGCCAUCAGCCUGGUCGAAAAGUGGAGGCGGAUCCGGCAUCCCAGCAUCGUCAGCGUCCGCGAGGCGUUCACGACGAGGGCGUUUGGAGAUCAAUCGAUCGUGUUCGUCUACGACUACCACCCGCUUUCGACGACGCUCUACUCGGAGCACAUGACGGCCAAGCCGCCGCAGCCGGAUCGGCGCACGGGGCGGCUGCAGCCGGUGCAGAUGCAGGUGCCGGAGCGGGUGCUGUGGAGCUACCUGUGCCAGCUGACCAACGUGGUGCGGUGCAUCCACCUGGCCGGCAUGGCUGCGCGCUGCAUCGAGCCGAGCAAGGUGCUGCGGACGGGCAAGAACCGCGUGCGGCUCAACUGCUGCUCGAUCUUUGACGUGAUUGCCUACGACCCGCAGGCGGGCCAGGACGCGGUCCGGACGCACCAGCGCGAGGACCUGGCCAACCUGGGCAAGCUGAUGCUGAGCCUCGCGCUCAACACCAUGUCGGCGCUGCAGAACGUGCCCAACAGCCUCGAGAGCGUCGGGCAGCGCUACUCGGCCGAGUUCAAGGACAUGAUCCUCUGGCUCCUCGACGAGUCGACCGACGCCGACAAGACGGCCGACGAGCUCGAGCGGCGGCUCGGCACCCACGUCGCCGAGGAGCUCGACUCGGCGCUCAACUACGGCGAUCUGCUCGAGAAUGCCCUCAUGAAGGAGCUCGAAAACGGCCGCCUGGUGAGGCUGCUGUGCAAGUUUGGGUUCAUCAACGAGAGGCCAGAGUUCGACCAUGAUCCGCGCUGGGCCGAGACGGGAGAUCGGUACAUUAUCAAGCUGUUCCGCGACCACGUGUUCCACGCCGUCGACGAGGCCGGACGGCCGGUCGUGGACCUGAGCCACAUCCUCACCAACCUCAACAAGCUUGACGCCGGCGUCGACGAAAAGAUCAUGCUGACGUCGCGAGACGAGCAGAGCUGCCUCGUCGUCAGCUACAGAGAGAUCAAGAACUGCGUCGAGAGCGCGUUCCAGGACCUAUCGAGGGCUAGAUAA